AAUUGUCUCUAAAUCCAGCACGACUUUCUGUUGGGAUGGUUAAUUAUUACGAAAUCCUAGGACUGCUUCAAAAUGCCUCACAAGAAGAUAUUAAGAAGGCCUACCGUAAGCUGGCACUAAAAUGGCACCCUGACAAGAACCCAUAUAAUAAGGACGAAGCGGAGAAGAAAUUCAAAGCAGUUGCUGAGGCCUAUGAAAUUUUGUCAGAUCCUCAGAAACGCUCUCUCUAUGACAGGCCUGUCAAAGAACCAAGGUACAGAGGGAGAGGAGCAUCUGGAGGUCACUCCCACAGCCCAUUCGACUUUGAUUUUGUAUUCCGCAGUCCUGAGGAGAUCUUCAGGGAGUUUUUUGGAGGAAUGGACAUCUUUGCGCAUGACUUCUGGGACAACCAAUUUGAUGAUGACAAUGAUGGAGGGGAAAACAGAAAUGGUUUGCAAGGACCCCUGGGUCUCUUUUCUGGAUUCGGUGCUUUUUCUAACUUUGGAUUCAAUUCAUUUGGGCCUGGCAUUCACACUAUGGUCUCCUGUAGGUCCUUUGGAGAUGACAGCAGCGGAACACACAACUUCAGGUCUGUCUCAACUUCUACUGAAGUGGUCAAUGGACGAAGAAUCACUACGAGAAAAAUUGUUGAGAAUGGACAAGAAAGAGUUGAAAUCGAGGAGGACGGGCAACUGAAGUCCAUAAGAGUAAAUGGAAGGGAACAGUUGAAAUGUUAA